UGUUAAAUCUGGCAUUUUCAGUCACCACUUGUUUUGGUCGCCGCCUCUUGGAGCGCUGGUGCUUGUGUGUCACCACUUGUUUUGUUUACUGCCGCUUGGAGCGCUGGUGCUUGUGUUCACAGUUGCCCUGGCUUACCCUGUCGAUUUUGAUAGUUUUAAUUUUUAUUCGUCAAGUUUGUCAUUUCAAUCGAUUUAUCAAUUAGAUUUAUUAUACUUAGUUCAGCAUUAGUCCUAUUUUAGCCUAUUUUAGCAUUAUUCAUUUAUAUUUGCCAUUUUUCUGCUGGUGGGUUCAUUGUUUCACACAGUUUGUACACUGCUUUGUAGGCUGAGAUCCUCCUGCUCCUCUCGAUGGAAUGGCUGAAGAAAGUGUAUUUCCAAGUUUCAAAAUUAUCCUUUUUAAUCUAAAAGUGACAAAUUCACAUUAAAAAUGUGUCUCAUCAAUUCACAAAUAUCUAUUCUCGAUGUGGUAUUUCAGUUUUCAACGUCCAUCACUCUUUUUUGUUAUUUAAAUUAAUUCUUUUUAUAAAUUAACUUACCUCAAAAUAUGCCUGAGACUAGAAGCAACUGUGCCCUUCAGGCAGUCAUGGCUGAGCAGCGAGAUGUGAUAAAGCAUUUGCGCUGGAAUGCAAGAAAACUUAAUUUUGAAGCUCCUCUUCCUGAGGACGCUUAUUAUGAAUUGAAAUUAUUGCAAACUGAUGUCCAAGAUUUGAAGGACAGAUACAUUGAAAUAAAAAACAAGCUAGAAUCUCUAGACUCAGAUAAUUUUAAUGACGAGGAGCAUUUUGCUAGCCUAGAUGAAUUUCUUUCUGUAACAGCUAGCAUAAACAAACACAUACAUAACUUUGAAAAAGCACAUGGCAAGACUGACGCCAAUAUUGUGCCAGCUCCUGUUGCACAACCCACACUCACUAAUAGUAAUUUUCGAUUACCUGAAAUACCUCUUCCGAACUUCGAUGAUAACUUUGACAAAUGGCUCGAUUUUAAAGCUGGAUUUUCUAGUAUAAUUGUAAACAAUGAUUUGGUAGAACCUAGAGUUAAGUAUCAGUAUCUUAAACAGGCUCUUUCAGGCAAAGCACUGAAUCGGAUCACUAAUUCUCCACUGGGAGAUUUUAAGCUAGCAUAGAGCUUGCUUACUCAACACUACGACAGCGUAAUACUCAUUGCUGAUAGCCAUAUCUCAGCCAUCAUGAAUCCACCAUCACUCAACUCUAAAUCUGCACAAUCAUGGCUGAUUGCACUUUAUGGCAAACAUUUAUUGAUCACCAAAAAUUGAAUAUUACAGUGUUAGAGUCACUUCAACUUGACAUCGAGGUAAAAGAUCUAUUAUUCAUGCAUCUCAUAGUUUCUAGGUUUGAUGCCAAUACUCUACAUGAUUGGGAGCAGUCAAACUCCGUUAAGGACAAGACUUCCUUAGACAACCUCUGGACUUUUAUGGAGCAACAGCACAAGGUUUCACAAUAUGUCUCCUUUGGUCUCGGCAGUCAUGCACAAUCUGCACAACGACCGGUCAACAACCAGUCUGGCAAUGAAACGUGCUGCACUGGAGAACGAGUCAUCACUUGUCCCCCUGAUGAAGGAAGUGUAGAGGGCAGAGGAGGAUGUGAGGAGGGAGAUGGACUUUGUUCAACUCAUCAAUCAGCCUGCACCCAAACCCUGGGUGCCACUGAGAGAGUUGUAAGAGGAUGUACCCUACCCCAUUAUCAGCGUGAGGGAGCAUACCAAUAAACACGGACGAUGUGUUAUGAAAAUUAGCAAUGCAGGAAGCAAAUCAUUGUGUGAGGUAUAUUUACCACAACGAUUUGCUUCCUGCAUUAGCAUAGAAAAAAUUGUAGAGUUCAACAAAAAUUGUAAAAAUUUGGUAAUGGUAGUAUCACAUAAGUUGGGGAAUUGGACUGAUAUAAAAAUUGUUAAGCAUUAACAAUUUUUAUAUCUAUACAAUUCGUCGACUUAUGUGUUACGAAUUGUAUAGAUGUGUGUGUUAAAGUAGUAUUAGUAGUGAAUAAAUUGUGUACAUAUUUGAUAAAAAAAUUGUUUUCAAUUCUUACCUGUUCACACUUGUUGUUGUUGUUGAUAAGUUCACAAUGAAUAGUAGAAACACAGACAGAAGAAUGGUUCAGCUUUCAUGUCGCACUCUGUUGUGACUGAUAUGUAAAUAAGCUGAGCUCCCCUUUUAUAGUUUGUUGUGAGCAUACACAGAGCCAAGCGUCUUUACUACUACUACACACACACACACACACACACACACACACACACACACACACACACACACACACACACACACACACACACACACAUACAGCCAAGUGACUUCGGUGAGUUGAUGCAUCGCUCUCUCCCACAUCUGUUUUGGCAUGCGUUCCUACAGAUAUGGGCGGGUGACAUCAUUCCUCCCUUUCAAAAUACGU